AAACCUAUCAGUUCAAUAUGCAUAUAUAUUUUCAAGAAAAGUAGGAAUUCACUAGGUGCAUGUAGUAUCGCUUACGUUUUCAAACAAGAAACUUUAUUUUCAUGAGAACUCUUAAGAUUCGAGAGAAACUAUGUCUCUUACCCGGGAUACUGUCGUAUCACUCACCAAGGAAAAAUGGAUUGUCAGUAGUCCUCUUUGUGUUUGGUUGUGCUGUCGGAGCUUCUAUCUUUAUGCUAACAGCUAUUAUCUUCACGUUCCCAUGGAUAUCUCCAUCCCUAAUGAAUCCCAUGCUUCAGAAUAAUCUUAAUCUCAAAUUUUCUUUUCCAUACUGGCAACUAUCCCCAAGUAGUACCAUUAUUACUAGUAAUACAACAACUAUCGCUACAGCUACUGCUUCUACUUCUUUUUCUUCUGCUCGGAAUUUUUCAAGAACCGGGAAUAAUGAAACCGAAACAUAUCAUAUGGAAAACAGUCUAAAGAACUCGAGUGUUGUUUUUGUUGAUCUUCCGAGAGUUAGAGAAUUGGUGGUUACAAAACCCCCAACAAGUAAUUAUUCUAGUGAUAGUAAUAGUGUAUUAGUGGAGACGGUACAAACUAAUGGUGAUGAUUCUUCCGAUGGCAUUGGCAGCUGUGAUAUUUUUGAUGGUGAAUGGGUAAGGGACAACAAUAAGCAACCAUACUAUCCUCCUGGUUCUUGUCCAUUUGUCGAGGGUCAAAAUUCUGCUUGUUACAAUAAUGGAAGACGGGAUGACCAGUUCCUCAAGUGGCAAUGGAAGUCUCAACAGACAAAUGCACGAUGUGAUAGUAAUAAUAUUCCCAGUUUCCUUAAUGCGACUGAUUUUCUUGAGAGAUUGAGAGGGAAAAAAUUGGUAUUUGCUGGGGAUUCUUUGAAUAGAAAUAUGUUUAUCUCUCUGCUGUGCAUCCUUUGGAAUGUCGUUCCAGACAAGACGAAAGUUUUUAGGCCCUCUGGGGAAUUUAAGUCAAGAGGGGAUUUUUCAAUAAGAUAUGAUGAUUAUAACUGCACCGUAGUGUUUGUGUGGUCUCCGUUUCUGGUUAAUGAAACGAAUCCGAUAAACCGGAGAAGCAAGAUAGAUCUCAGGCCCGAGACAUUAAGAUUGGAUUUGGUUGACCAACUGGCGUCUUCGGUAUAUCGUGAUGCUGAUGUUGUUGUUUUCGAUUCAUGGCAUUGGUGGACUGGUCCGAAAACUAACAAUGGGAAUAACUAUUUUCAAGAAGGUAAUUACUUGUACCCAAGACUAGAUAUGAUUAAAGCAUACAGGAAAGGUGUUACUACUUGGGGCAAAUGGAUUGACAACAACAUUGAUCCUAACAAAACCCAGAUUGUAUUCAGAGGGUAUUCAGUUUCUCAUUACAGAGGAGGGAGAUGGAACACGGGGGGGAAAUGCAAUAAGGAAACAGAGCCAAUCAUGAGUGACGAGACAUACAUAGAGAGAUCACCUGCACAGGUGAAUGUAUUAGAAAAGGCUCUUAGACGAAUGAAGACACCUGUUUUAUAUCUGAAUGUCAGUAAACUAACAUAUUACCGAGCCGAUGCACACCCUUCAGUGUAUGGAAAGAAUUUUACGGCUCAAGAGAGGAUUAUAGCUCUUGAUCAUCAAGAUUGUGUUCAUUGGUGCUUGCCUGGUGUGCCUGAUACAUGGAAUGAGUUGUUGUAUGCUUCUCUCUUGAAAGCUGGUAAAGGGUCUUUUGGCACACAAUAUUUCUAAGAACUAUUUCACUGUUAUUAUUAACUAAAAUCAAAAUUGUAACACUCUACAACUACUCCCUCCGUUCUUUUUUAAUAGGCUGGUUUCUAUAAAUAAAUGUUUCAAAAAAAUAGGCUGGUUUCUUAAUUGGGAAACUCCAAUGUUA